AUUUCGAAUUCGCUACGUAGCGAGUGCGAUGUUCUUAGCAUGUUUUCUUCCGGAAAAGUUAUUUUGAUAUAAAAAAAAGUCAAAAGCAAUUACGAUGAAAGUCCAAGAGCUGCCAGCCGAGGCAGGCCCCAAUGGCAUGGAGCAGGAGAUGGCUGGUGCACAAGAUACGAUAUAUUUGUGUAAUUUCCGAGUAUCAGUGGACGGCGAAUGGUUGUGUCUGAAAGAACUGCAGGAUGUCGAAUUCAACAUGCAGGAGUCUAUAACAAAGGCCUUGUCGACCCCUUCCCCAGAGAUUCCAGUGCAUCCGUUCGGUCGAGAUCCGGUGGUAAUAGAAAGAAGUAAUUUAGUAAAUAUAAGUAAACUAGUUGUGAAAGAGUUGAUCGAACAAUCUUUGAGAUAUGGACGAAUGUUGGACUCGGAUCAUAUGCCUUUGCAACAUUUCUUCAUUGUUUUGGAGCACGUCCUAAGGCAUGGACUCAGACCUAAGAAGGGUCUGCUGGGACCGAAAAAAGAGCUGUGGGAUAUCCUACAAAUGGUAGAAAAAUAUACUCCAGAAGCACAAGACAUUACCGCUAGUGUUAGGGAUUUACCAACAGUAAGGACACACAUGGGUAGAGCACGUGCUUGGUUACGAUUAGCACUAAUGCAAAAGAAACUAGCCGACUACUUAAAAGUAUUGAUAGAUCAUAAGGACGAAGCCUUAGUAGAGUAUUUCGAACCUGACGCUUUGAUGUUGAGUGACGAAGCUAUAAUCAUCAUUGGUCUUCUAGUUGGUUUGAAUGUGAUAGAUUGUAACCUCUGUGUUAAGGAAGAAGAUUUAGACUGCCCUCAAGGAGUUAUCGACUUUUCGUUGUAUUUAAGAUCUUCAAGCCACGUGUCGACAGAUUCCAGUAAUGAAGAACAAGGCGACGCUAUGAUUACAGUUUUAGAUCAAAAAAAUUAUAUAGAAGAACUUAACAGGCACCUAAAUGCAACAGUAGCAAACCUCCAAACCAAGGUAGAAUCGCUUACCACCACAAACGCACUGAUGAAAGAAGAUCUAGCUAUAGCCAAAAACAAUCUCUUAGCUCUUUACGACGAAAAUAGACAACUAAGACAAGAAUUAGGGAAAGAUUCUGAUGGAUAUGCUUUAGGUGUUAGUGGUGUACAAAUUACGAAAGUAGAAGAAAAAGAAACAAAAGAAAUAAGUAAAUUAGUUGGUAGCGAAGUAGAAGAAUUGAAACAUAGGUUAGAAGAGGAGAGAAAAUUGAGGCAAGAAGCUGAUAAUGAACUUGAAAUUCAAAUGUGCAUGAAAGCAGAAAUGGAAGUAGCUAUGAAACUACUAGAAAAAGAUAUACACGAAAAACAAGAUACGAUAAUAUCCUUAAGACGACAGCUAGAUGAUAUCAAAUUAAUUAACUUAGAAAUGUACAAGAAACUUCAGGAAUGUGAGAUGGAACUAACACAGAAAGGUGAGAUGGUGAGUCGUCUGCAAGCGAAAGCUGGUCAGAUCGGAAAGAUCCUCAACAACUUAGAGAAAUACAACCAUCUGCUUAAAGACGAUAAAAGACCAGCUGAUAAAAAGUCUAUACACGACAGAAAACACUCACUUUCAAAAUCGGUUAUAAAAGAAAAUAGAAAAUGCGAGGCUGCGGAAGAAUCGGGAGGUGCCGCGGUAGAAAAAGAGGCCGUAUUAAAGGAACCCAAACCUUCCGAUUCUACCGAGUCUUUCAUUAAAUUAGAUUUAGAUCUUAACUCUCCAGAACCGAAAGAAUAGUCUAUUACUAAAAAUAUAUAAUUUCCCAUUCGACUAUAUGUGUCUGUGGUAGCUUUUUUGAAUUGUAUGCCCUUAAAAGGUAUUAAAUUAACAAAAUAUACAAAAAUAUCAAUUAUUUUGUUUUAACAAGGUACAAUUGUAUUUAAAGUGAGAAUUCGGGACAUGAAAUUAGUAGUUUUUCUGGGAUACUACUUUUAUUCAAACGUGAUCUGUACUAUUUUGUACUUAAAUAUGUUACUAUGUAUUUUUUAUAUAAUGUUUUUUUAAUAUGGAACUGUUAGGUAAAAUACUUACAAUACUGUAAAGAGUUGAUGUUUAAUCUGCUGGUCGUAAAAUUGUACAAUAUCAGAGUAUAAAAUUACUCCAAAUAUCUGAAGUCUCGGUCCCAGUCUUUCUCUUAUAGUGUUUCUAGAUAGUCAUGGAAAAGACAGAUCAAUGGCUCAAAAUCAUGUGAGAAUUCAAUCUUCACUGAUCAAGCUACUGUAGACGGCAUUGUCAACGAAUAAAUAGAAACUAAAAGAUUACAGACAGUAUACUUAAUGUUUCAAAGGGAGAUUUAAUUAGGUAAAAAGGCUAUUAAACUCCAAUUAAAUAAUAACAGUGUAAUAAAAGCAAAAAAGAGUAAUAAAAAUAAAAUUUUUGGAAACGCCAAUUGUUCGCACACAAAAAUAGAUACUUUAAAAUUAUUAUUCUUUUAAGGAAGGUAACAGACGCUGCUCUCGAAUUACACUUGAACCGGGUCUUAAAAGGCCCUAGUCAUAAUUUCGAUAACCCAGUUUUUCGGAUCGGUGUAAAGAUCCGAAUUCUUUGUGAACGACCUAUCACUAUUACUAUACUAUCUAAUACUUAUCAACUGUUUCUAUUAGAUUUCUAUAUUGAACGUUACGUAACCAUUUUGAUCCAGGUUCUUUCAUUUUCCAGAAUCGUUCAACUUAAAAACUGAAAAACAAAAUGUUCACAGAGAAAAAUAGUUACGUUCGUACAAAUGUUAUAAACGAAGAGCUAGAAUGAACCAGCAUUAAAUAACUGUAGCAUUAUAAGCAAAAUUAGAAGUAGACGAACGUAACGAUCGUCAUGCAAAAAGUUCCAAGGCAGUGACCUACAGAAAACCAAAUGAAAGACCUCGAAAGGCUUAAAUCGAAGAUUCGUGGACUUCCACGGCUGUAGACAGAAGUAACUAAUCGUGUCCUAGGUUUGGACCGUGGUUUUUUGACGAGCUGUAUGUCAGCCCAUCUCAAUUUUUUGCUACCUUUGUAGGUAGCUUCUUCAGGAUAAUUCAAGUACUCAAUGAAUCUAAGUGUGAAAGACAAGAACUAGAGAAUGGAUUCUCGUAUAAUAAUUUGAAUACUCAACGAUCCCCGUGGGUAUCUUCCCGUGGGUAUCCCCGUAAUAUGGGUUUUUUAAUAUGGAAUAUUCUAUAUCUUCACAGUGUUCGAGAGUAAUGGAGGAAAAUACCAGAACUACUAUUUCUUUAAUGAUCUUAUGUUCGAGCUUUGUCGAGUUCACCAGUUUUGCUGAUACAUAAGUACCUACAAGAACAAGGGAUGGAAUAUACACCACAAGAGCAGUGAUUUAGAUGGGUCAGAAAUGCCGAAAUUUUCUUGGAUGGACGAAAAGUGGACUUAGCAUUCUUGCUUAUACCGUAUGUGACAGCUAAUAUUUGGACUCACCCCUGUAUACGUUGAGUAUUUCAGUUACUGUGCGUGAAUACCUAUCACGUCUGUUGGAUUUCACUUCUAGAGUAUUCGAGUUACCGUAACCAACAGCCUUACCUUGCUCCUGAAGAAGCUGUAUACAAGAGUAGCAAAACGUUGGGAUGAUUCACGUAUGGGUCGUUAAAAAAAAAACACGGUUUAAAGUUGUAAAAAAAUUUGGUAAUUAUUAGAAGAUGUUCAGAAAGGUUUAAAGAAAAUUUUUGAUAAAUGCUUUGAAAAGGAUGGUACAAUAAAAAGAAAAAAACUAUUGUGCGGUCGAAGGAGCAUAAAAAAACAAAUAAAAGUACCAAAAGGACAUAUUCGUAAAGUAGUUUUUUCCAUAGUGUUCUAUAUUCCACGGUAUUCUAGCAAAAUAUUGACAAAAAACGAAAGGAUAAUACCUUAUUUACUUCAAGAAUAUAGCCUUACUGAUCUCAGUUAGUAAAAAUUACUGUAUUUAAUAGAAUAGAAGGGGCCAAUACCGGAAGAUCGAGAAGAUUGGGAUUUGGGACUAAUUGAUAGGACAAAAAUGCUGUUUGCAUGUUUUAUUUGACCUUACCAAAACGUUUGAUAAUGCGGGGCUUAGUGAUGUAAUCAAGAUUCUUAAAUAGAACAAAAUAGAUUAUGAAUACCGAAAAAUUAUUUUAAAACUCCAUAAACAGAACAUAAUAAACUCAAAGCAGGAUAUAUGACUGGACUCUUAAAAUACUGCGUUGUGAAAAUCACGUUUUCCCCAUAGCAGAAAAUAACCUGCAACAUAUACUACGAGUAUUUAAUAUCAAAUAAUCAUAUCAAAGAAAUUGCCAAUCGACAACAACACAAUACAGGAAGGUCAAAAUUUACUUACUGGAAGUGACAGUACCUAUUAAGUGAAAGUAACCUGAUUGAAGAGGCAUGAACACAAGCGAUGAAAUAUCUGCAGCACAUAUCUGAAAGACAUGAUAGGGAAACUAAAUUGAUGUAGACAAAGAGCAAAAUCAAAAUAAGACCUAUACCAAUACCGUAUUCAACCAAAUCACAGAAGAAGCAUGGAAAACAAAAAGAAUAUUGAGAACAACCUAAAUUAAAAUAUUAAAACCUAUCAAGGGAAUAAUCCUUACGUAUUAAAUAAGGAGCUCUGAUAUUGCAAUUGGAGGUGGUUUAGGGGACAAGAAUUGGCAAUUUUGUAAAAAUGUUGAUAUGUUCGAAUGCCAGAAAAGAGAGGGCUAGACUCAGAAAUUAAACAUGCGGAUAACAGCGUCAUAGAAAGAGUUCAGAAGGCUAACCAAGAAGGCUGACAAGAAUUAGCAAUUUUGUAAAAAUGUUGAUAUGUACGAAUGCCAGAAAAGAGAGGGCUAGACUCAGAAAUUAAACAUGCGGAUAACAGCGUCAUAGAAAGAGUUCAGAAGGCUAACCAUAAAGAAUUUAACAGGACCUAGUCCUACGAAAAUAGUGGAAGUUUUAAUAAUAACCAAAAAUCAUCGGCGGCCAUCCGAUAGAUAGAACACCGAAUAUUUUUACACCUUUGUAAAAUAUUAGUUUAAGAAACAAGAUAGUGUAAUAAAGUACAGUUCAAUAUAUAUGGAAGAUUUCUACAGGUGUAUGUGAGAAUUCAGC